GGCGGUCGCAUUUAGAGCACCUCAACUACUUUCCUCGAUUUCCCUCAAAACCCAGAACUCCAUUCUAUGCCCAUAUCCAAAAGCCAUUGAUAUUCUAAUGCUAAUAAAUUACUAUAAUAAUAGUCUUUUCUGAAUCCCUACAAUAUACCCAUAUAUGGCGAAUAGUGAUGCAGCUCUGAGGAUCUCACUCAUCUGGUUGGCUGCAAUUAUGGUGGUGGUAGGAAUAUGGACGCAAUCUUUGAAGAAAGUGAUGGUAACCUAUGUAGUGGGUAUGCUUGGGAUUGCUGGGUUGUUCUUGCCUGACUGGGAUUUUUUUGAUAGAGAUUACUCGCGGUGGUGCUACCCUAUUACUGAAGAAGAGAAGACAGCUCUUGCUCAAAGAUCUGGGUUCAGGAGUAGGAUUUCUCCUCUCAGAUGGAUAGUUUACGCCGCUGUUUAUGGGUAUGCUUUGUGUAAGUGGUGGAUAUACGUAUCAAAUUAACAUCUACAUUUAUAAAUACUUGCAACGCUUCUUUGUGAUUAGCUUUGCCUUCGUGCUUUUCUCUAUAAGGAAUUGUUUUUUCAGAUUCAAAUGUUGAAGUUAUUGAUCAUUCGUAUGGUUGCCGAUUUGUGAAGUGCAAAAUAUAAUUAUGAUCAAA